UUUAUAAUAAUUCAAUCUCCAGCUUUUGAAUUGCGUUUCCAUCCAUGUUCACUCGUCUUUCUCGCCCUGCCACCCGCAUUACCAGCACAUACAUCACCACCAGAGCCAUGUCCACCCCUUCUUCCACUCCUGUUAACCUCAUUUCUGUCAACACUGCCCCUGACAGGGCCAACAAGGUCAUUGGUACCGUCAUUGAGAACGUCAAGGACAAGUACAGCAUCGUCCACGCCGGUAACUCUACCACCAUUGAGGGCGUGAAGCCUCUCCUCGAGUCAACUCAACCCCCUCCCGGUAUCCUCUUCUGUGCUUCCAUGUGGACUCCUGAACAACAAGAAGAGAUCCAGCGAAUUGCACGAGAGACUAUCCCCGGUAUCAAGACGCAUGCUAUCCCCACCGGUUUGCAAGUCCAGGUCGGCCCUGAAGGUAUCGUCAAGUACUUGAUGGAGAGGAUCGACGAGAUCAUGACUCAGAAAUAGAUUUGGAAACGGCAUAUUGCAUGAAUAACGGGUAUUUGGGAAAUAUCAACGGACAGCGGAGCAGCAGGUACGGAAAGGUCUACUAAGAAUUUCCAGUUUGGUGAAAUAGACACUCAUUAUAAAUGGCACGCUGAUA